AUGAUCGUCGAGCGGCUGCGUGCCCUCUCCAGACGUGCUGCUGUUGUUGCAUUCAGCACGACCUCGUCACAGCUCGCUCCGAAGUUUUCAGGAGCGCCUUUGGCGACAGCGGGCCUAAUCUUCGGAGCUGCCAAUGCUGUAGGAUUCGGCAUCUCCGUGGCCACCGGCUGGCACUACCACCUGGACCUUAUCGGCACUGGCAUCUUUUCGGCGGCCGCCUUGGCCCUGUGUGGUCAAUCCGGCGACCUUCGCCAGAAUGCAAGUGCGGCGUGCAUCUCCAUUUGGGCCACACAGAUCUGGAGUGGCAUACUUUUGCCUGCCUUUUAA